CUAACCCUCUGUCGCUCCCCUAGAAUUCAUACAGGAAGGGUUGUUGUCGUCAACCAAAACAGUAUGGAUAUAUUAUAACUAAAACAUUCCCUGGAUUUCCUACCAAGACGAAAAUCAGGAUUUUGGAACUUAACUUAAAAGUCAGUCAAUUACGUGGUUAGAUUAAUAUACAGUAGUGUAUUCAACAUAACACACAGCAGCAUGGCGACCGCAGUGGGUAAGGACACCCAGCAAUUGGUGAGCAACGCUAUGCAACAUACACGACGUGGUACGUUUCAGAUAAUGUGGAAGGAUGCAAUGCAUCUUGCUAAUACCAAUCAGACAGUUAUUAAGGAUAGACUGAUGCAGAAGCGAAAAAACAACGCCGUGAUCAAGGCAAAAGUAAAAAGAGAGAUCCUUAUGAAACCUGAUCUUAUGAGAUAUCUGCGUGUUCCGGUACCGCCGUAUAUCAAGUUCAGACGAUUUGCACGUGCUGUGAAGAUGUUGAUCAGUGUAUGUCAAGUAUGCCAAAGCUUGUUGAGAAACAACGUAUCCCAGGAAAACUGGUUCGCUCUAUUGGAUAAUCUAAACGCAGCCGCCAUGCAGCAGUCACAGAAAAAACGGAAAGCGUUCGUAACUCUCGUCCCAGACGAGAACAGACAACUCGUGACCUUGACCUUUGAUGCCAACGACUACAAAAGCAACGUGCAAUCAGAUGAGCUGCUGACCGAGGACGUCAAAGAGGUGAUGAAACAAAAACCAGGGACUCGAUCUCAACAUGACGUAGAAAAAGUGAUACGAUGUAUGAAGGGCAUAUGUAAGUCUUUUCGGGAAUAUCCUCUCUCCAUUCAGAAGGAAAUAGUUCAAAAAUCUUUCCUUGACACUUACAAACACAACAGAGUGAUCCUAAAGAAAGGCCUUCCCUCCGAUGGUAUCUACUUCGUGUUAAGGGGAACAUUAAUUGAAAAACCCGAAGGACGAAAGGCUCCAAGCGAAAUACGUACCGGAGAGAAGUUUGGGGAGGAGGAUCUAGUUUGUGGCUGCGCCCGGCGGGGCACAGUGAUUACUCGUCACGAGGCUGAAAUCAUAUUUCUACAUCGCUUUGAUUACAUGGACAUAUUCAACAUGUCUGCCGAUUCCAAUGACCCAAAGAACCUGGAAAUAUGCAAGAAAAGUGUAGUGCUGAGCCAUUUCCCUAUGCAGAAAUUAGAGGAAAAUCCCGGGACGUGGAGUGUUAGGCGAUACAAGUAUGGUCGCCUCAUGGUCAAAGAUAGCAACGAGAUCGAGUGGAUUUUCGUUAUCAAAGCGGGCGAGGCUCGGGUUCUCAGUCAUCUCAAACCUGGCGUGAUAAAUGUCCGGAAACGACGCAAGGAGAUCCAGGCAGCAAUGGAAGAGGAAUCACCUUACCACCGCAAAACAAAGAUUUUGAAUUUUAUCGCCCAGAAGGACCAUCUGAAAUCCUCCUAUGACCCAGCCUUGUACACGCCUGGUCCUCGGAGAACCCUGAUGUCUGCCCCACCUAUCUAUGGCCAUAGAGAUUGCAUGAAGGAGCUUGCCUACAAAAACUUUCCCGCCACACCUCGUGCAAACAACUUUCCGACUAUGGCCGCUUUUCUAAACGCCAAAUCACAUGACGCCAUGCAGACAAAACUUGCAGACAAUGCAUCGACGAAACUGCCGCGGAUAACGCUCAAAACACCCGGAAACUCCGAAGGUCCCAUUGAGAGUAACCGGAAAGAAAUAGACGAAGUACUAGAGGAAGAGGAAGGAAGUAUAAAAGAUGAUGGGGAAAGUUCUUCUAGAAUGGACAAUAGUGAAACUCCUGUUGUGUUAGAGGAGAUCAAAGACAUUAGUGGAAAGUCCAACUUUUAUCAGAAAACGGGAAAAGACGGACUUGUGAUUCGACCGAAGUCCGAGGGCAGCAACAAGGAAAAUAGGUAUAGGUUAGCAAGGAAGCAGUUCGGAAACGCACCCUUCAUAAAACCUCGACGGACCCGGGUAGAUUCUGCCCACGAGAGGACUACAGAACUCCCCCCGUUUGUUCAAGUGGAAACUCUUCAUCAGGGACAGACAUUUGGCCUGAGAUCGUGUUUAGACAUGCAUGACAGGGGGCCGUCGGUGAGCCUGGUGAGUGGUGACUGCGAAGUCCUUGCUAUCAACAAGAAGUUCUUCCUCAAGCAUUGUGAUGACGCUAUGUUCAGUCUCAUCCGCUUAAAGGCAAAACCCUUUCCUACACAGCAGGAACUCAUUGAUAGACUUGAUAUCACAAUGCGUUGGGAUGAAUUCAAAAAGGAUACCGUCAAGGAAUUUAUCAACUUCAAAAUAUCCAGAUCAGAAAAAAGAUAAUGCGAAGCAGGAGAGUGAAAACUUUGAAACGGAAUAUCAUUGCACUGUACCUGGUGUCAUUCAGAGUGAUUAUUACGUAUCGUACGGGUUGAUGUUUGAAAUGGGUGAUAUUUUUCGCUUUUUAUCGAGGAUACAUGAAUCACAACGCUGUAUUUAGCUACUGACACCACAAGGGAACCAAUUGAACAGAUUAUGGUUCAUUUCAUCAUUUUUGCGAAAAGUGGAUCCUUUGUGUUUCUUUUUGCUUGUAAAACCGGUAAAAAGUAAUGUGAAAAAUAACUAUACACUAUGUUUUGCAUUGAAAGGAAUUAGGAUAAUUUCUCUGGAUUUCCAUGGCAUGUUCUUCCUGAAAAAAGCCGGUCACAUCAGUGGCACGUGCUCUUGCCCGGAUUACCUCUAAUUAGGACAGGAUACAUGAUGCGAGUUAUAUAUUACUGUGUGUGUGUGAUAGUUUUCUUCCCGUUUGGGGAGAAAGAAGAUCAAAGAAAGGUGAUAAUUGUGCUGACUAUGUUUGCAAGAUGUAUUUCUUUUAACAGCAAGAUAUUUACAGAUGUGUGUGGUAUGACACUAUAAAUACCGUAUACGUGGUAUAAAAGCCAGAAGCGAUUUCAUUGGUUGAGUAUUGGCUUCGGUUUAAAUAUUGCUGUUUUGUGUCCAGCAAGAUUUUUCGCAAGGAAACCGGAAGUAAACAUACAAGAACAAAUAUUAUUUUAUUCAAAUAUUCUAUUAAAAUUGAAUCCUCGUUGCAUGAUCAAUACAUGGUAAAAGGUUCCCUCUGUAAACUCUAUUUUAAGUUUCUGAAAGUGAUUUAUUUUAUUACUUUUUUUUCUUUAACAGCAACUUCAAAAACAUUAUGAUAUCUCUGCGAAAUCUGAGUAUGUUGAGUAACCGGAAUGUAGGGGAUAAAAGUGAUGUGGUUGAAAAGAUGGCCCGAUACUUUAUAACGUCCGGUUGGGGAAUCGAACCCCGGUCGUCUAGACGAAAGACGAUUGCAUUAUCAACAAAGCCACCCAAGAUAUGAAAUAGAAUAUGAUCCGCAUUUAAGCAAAAUUGAAAGACAGAAUUAUGACGUAGCCACAAGUUGUGACUUUACCCAUGAAGUUCCAAUUAAAAUUAUAGAAAUCACUGAAAACCGAGGUAUUCAAUUUGACUGCUAAAUCGGGGUGAAACGUAGUUGUUGAACAAUUGAUAUUUAAGAUUAAGGCAAAAUUUUGAUCAAUGAAGGAUCGAUAUUAUGUGUGAUGUUAAAGAGUUUAAUUGUUCAGAGCUUUGUGGAACACCAGGCAAUAUGCUUGCAAUCCUGCGGAUUAAGUUGACAUAUCGAUCGUACCUAAUGGUUUUGUAAAUGUUUGUGACAUGUUUCUCUUUGCUGUGUAUUGCUGGCAUGUAUACAUCUUUGGAAAAUACCCACAUAUUCCAUACAAUGUAUAUUUAACUGUUCAAUGUGCUUGUAGUGCUGACAUCAAGUCGUCUAAAUAUACACGCACUUUGUUGGUCGGUAGAUUCAAUAAUUGAUCGUGCUACACAAAAACUAUGGAUUGAACACUUCAGACAGUUAAUCCAAAUGUUUGCUUAGUUAAUUAGUUUUAUUGAUUUCGCAAAAAAUCGCAAAGGCUUUGAUUCCCUCUAGACUAUGGUGAACAUUUUAAAUUUCUAUUUUCAGCCUCCUACAGGAAAUGUAAUAGUUUUUAAAUAUUUGAUAUGCUACUUUGUAUUGUUGGAUCAAACAACGUUGAACUAUGUAACAUGUCAGGAUUAAGCGAGUAUGUUCAGUACGUUUUGCUAUCCUAAAACUGUAUACUGCAAACAUACAUAUUUUAGCGGUAGUCUUAUUUUAGCGGUUUUCGCGCGGAAAGCAUUCCGCUAAAUUUCGAUUGCACUUAAUACACUUUCUUUAUAUUGAUUUUUAGGGUAAACACUUUGAUUGUGCUUAUUCAUCAUUGUGAAGAUGGUCUUGAAUUCAGUAAUCCGCGAUGAUUUGUAUGUGCUAAAGUAGGUACGGUUGCAGUAUUGUUUAGUAAGUGUAAUACGGAUUCGACAUCUCUAGCACCCCACGGUAAUACAAUGUAUAUGUAUAUCACGGAAAUGACGUCACUUUUAUGCUAUCACAUAAAUUUCACUGAAAUAAUUUAAUAUUGUUUAUUAUUGAGAACACCAGAGAAUUCAAAUGAAACCGCGAUUACAGCGCGAAAUAAUGUGUUUAGUAAAUGUCGAAGAUUCCAGAUAUGAUUUCCAACCGAAUUUCAGUAUCAGUCACGAUAAUAUUUCAGCCUCAUUUGACCUAUCCAACAUCAGUCGGUUAGAACGACAAUCGCUAUUAACUAAUAAUCGAAUACCUCACAUAACUUACGAAAAGGACACAAAUAAAAAUAACUGUUGGAUCUUGUUUUCGAUAUAUAUUGUGUUAAGAUUAAAACUGUUUGUAUGUGUUGUUUAUGUUACAGGUUAGAUAUUCUGAUUGACUUGCUUUUUGUAAUAACUUGAAUUAUGUAAUUUUUGCGGUGCUUUAAUUUGGCGAUAUAUUUCGAAAGUAUGAAACAGCUAAGUAAAAUGUCAUCAUUUGCGUGUUCUGGUGUUCAUUAACAUGAACAACUAUGCUUAUUUAUGUUAUAGUUUUUAUAGAAAAAUAUACUUAUCAAUAAAGAUGUUUUUACUUAUUCAGAAAGCAAAAUUGUCCUUAGUAAUAUCAAAUAGGAAAUCUGAUUUCUUUCCAAGAGAAUAUUUAAGUAAUAUCAUAACGGUCCCAUAUUGGUAAAAUGCACGGGCAUUUAGUCAUUUGAAAUCAGCGAAAGAUAUUUCUUUUCAUACAAUGUCUUCCUUCCUUUAAAUGUAUACUUUUUUCUCGGUUCAACAGUUGAUCAUUGGCUGUUUAUGUAAUUUAUAAGUAUACUGAUUUUUGUAUAUUUUUGUUUUUGUUGUUUUUUCGUUUUGCUGUUUAGUUGUGUUUAUGAUGAGGUAAUUGUUACCAAACAGUAUUAUGUAAAAUAAAACAGAAAUAAGG